GAAGGCCAAGUUAUUUAUAAGGAGAACCUUGGUUUGGUCUCUAUUCUCUCAUCAACAUAUCCAUAGACAUAGAGCUACUAAUUUGUAGGACUCUCUGCUCUUGCUCUUCUACUCUAAAAAUGGUGCUCAAGCUGCAUGGAUUUCCUGUAUCUCCCAGCACGGCUCGCGUAGAGGCUUGUCUCCAUGAAAAAGCUCUCGACUUCGAGUUCGUCCCGGUUAAUAUUUUGGGCCUUGAAAACAAGCAGCCUUCUUUUCUUGCCAAGAAUCCCUUUGGCCAGAUUCCAGCAUUUGAAGAUGGUGACGUCACACUAUUUGAGUCCAGAGCAAUCACAGCAUAUGUAGCUGAAAAAUUCAAGGAAACUGGAUAUGAUCUCAUGAGGCACGAAAACUUGAAAGAAGCUGCAUUGGUGAAGGUAUGGAUAGAAGUGGAAUCUCAACAAUACCACCCAGCAAUCUGCCCCAUUGUGUAUGAGUUUUUCGGGAAGCCUGUGGUGGGCUGUAAGCCCGAUCAAACAGUAAUCGAUGCGAGCUUAGAGAAGCUCGAGAAGGUGCUCGACGUGUACGAGACCAAGCUGAGCAGCAACAAGUACCUUGCUGGUGAUUUCUAUAGCCUGGCUGACCUUCACCACUUCGCUUACACUUUUUAUUUCAUGAAGACUCCUUGGUCUUCAUUGAUAAACGAUCGUCCUCAUGUUAAGGCGUGGUGGGAGGACAUUUCAGCUAGGCCUGCCUCUGUCAAAGUGGCUGAGGGCAUGAAUUUUGGUGAAGUUGAAAUUAAAUGAGUGCUUCUUCUAUCUUUGUAUCUGUCUGGUGUGUUUUGGAUAUGGAACAACUUAUCCCCAUUGAUCGUAGCAGAAUAAUUUAAUACAAAAUGUUGUUGUGUGCUCUGUU